AUGAGUGCCUGGGGCCUAGCCAAUAAUGCUGGCAGUCAACAACCACCUGCUGUGCCCCCGUUUGCCCCAACACCUCCGCCACCGUCCGUGGAUAGCAACUUCCCGCCGCCACCGCAACUCAGACAGCCGUCACCGCCACGGCGAAUGCUGACCCGGAGUCGCAGUCGAAGCCCAGACCGUAGCUCAGCAAUCGAGUCUCAGCAAUCACAAAGUGGUGGCGAAGAUGAAGAGGAACCUCCCUUUCACUGGCGUGAGCUAGUUGAGGAUCAAAGCGUCCCUUGCGACGACGAAAUGAAGUACAUUUUAACUAAAGAGGAGCACAGUGCGCUAGAGAUUAAGCAUUGGGAGAACCUGACUUUCUUUCCACUUGAUGAUCCGGCCUUCUACGCAACCGACGCCGGUCGAGUUGACUGGCUCGUGGAGAGCUUUAAUGGCACCAAAGACCUGCCAAACAAGCAUUACCUUAUGCGAUCUCCUAUCGUGCGUGUUGGAGACUAUGACUGGCGCCUGAAGCUAUACCCUCGUGGUAACGGCAGUGGCGCGGUGUCUGUGUACCUCGAGUGCGUAACGAUGCAGAAGGCCGACUUUGAAGAGUUUGAGCCCUUCGAUGUUCUGCCGUUCCCGACUUUGCAGGGCUACUCCUCAGACGCCAUGAAGAAGCGUCGGUCGAUCGCUGUUCAGCUGUCGCUGAUCGUGUACAAUCCGGCCGAGCCACGCACGCACAUGUUCAAGAAGGAUGCGUAUCGCUUCUCCAAGCGCUCUCCCGACUACGGCUACCGGUACUUCUUCUAUCCGGAAGAGAUGUGCGCAAGGUCUCACGGUCAGCGUCAGCCAUUACUACGGAACGAUAAACUCGCAUUCUCCGCCUACAUUCGCAUUGUCAAUGAUCCGACAGGGUGUCUGUGGUUAUCAGAUUCACGUGACUCUUUCGAAGAGAGCAUCCACUCUACCGGGUUGCGGCCGUUCUGUGGACAGUCGCCAGUGAUGGCUGCAUAUCUUCCGCUCCUGCACUUCGAGCCAUUCAGAAAGCUCAUAAUGCAGCAAGCUGAACCAUCAAAGCUCAUCUAUGACAUACAAACAGUUCUGUACAAGAUGCUCACUCGCACGCGAUCGGGUGGAUAUGGAAGGUUCGCUAAGUACGGCCUUUCAGAUGCCAUCACAUGCUUGCGACGCUUGACCGACAUGCUCUGCACGCAGCUCGGCCACGAGGAUAUGCAGCGUAAUUGCAGUCUGAUGAGUUACGAGACCGGAGCUUUCUUCUUCAACAGAUUGAGGACCAAAUGUACCGGAUCCGUCCAAGAGGCCGUGAACAACCAUGCCACCAUCAGCGCCUCUGCAGUUCUGACCUUGGAGCUGCAAAGGCAAGAGUGGGUUGCAGAUCAGCGCAAGUGGAUCAAGCUCACAAAUACCGUUAAGGUAGAGGAAGCUCUUUCGGUGGGAUCGGAACGGUACACUCUGUAUGCGGCCAUCACCCAUAGCGGACACCUGCAAUCCAACAUACACAAUGUCUACGUUCGGCCCGACCUCCGGGCGGAUCGCUGGUAUGCCUACAAAGACGGCGUUGUCACUGCAAUGACGUUCAAACAGGCAGUCUCUGCGCACGAAGGGGCGCAACGGCAAGACGCAGGUCAUUUGCGGGCCUCAUCACUGAGCAACGGCCGCAUCAGAUAUGAUGAUGAGGUUAUCUAUGCGGUUAUGUAUGUUCGCGACGACUGCCGUCGUUACACAUACGAUACAAUUAUGGAGCAGACGGUGUGGGAAGUGCCUGAAGCGAUCCGUAAGGGCAAGCCGUAUCAGCGAUUCAAAGAUGGGAAGACGCCACCCAAGGAGUUUCUCGACCAUAACUCUGACCUAGCUUUCCGCGCCGAACAGGACCAGGAUGAGCAAGAAGAGCGAGAGCGCGAGGAGCGAUAUAUCCGCUCCGUCACCCCAAUUUACAUGCCUAAAGAUGGGGAUGGUGAUGUACACCUGAGCGACGUUGAUGACAUGCCGCCUGAAGAACCGAACCCAAUGCUGGUUACUACUGUGCCAUCUGCAUCGCACAAAUGGCAAGCCUACCAAGAUUGCCUUGGUUGUGAUUACUAUCAAGGCGAGGUCUUCGGGGAUAAAUUCCAGGGUAAAGGUUGGCUUGUAACGAUGUCCGGCAAUAGCUACACUGGCGACUUCUAUCAGGGCAAAAAGGAGGGCCAGGGUACCAUGGUGUACGCCUCAGGCGACGUUUAUGAGGGCGAGUGGAAGGACGACGUGCAGCAUGGUCACGGUAAGUUGACGUACGCUGUGUCCGGAAGCAUCUAUGUCGGUGAGUGGCAGGAGGGCAGGAAGCACGGCAAGUUCCAUCUCGAAGGGACCGUUACAGAGGAUGACAAAAGCCUUUGCACGAUUUGCUAUGAGCGCGACGUCACAACAGCAUUCUACGAUUGCGGACACGUCUUGGCGUGCAAGGAGUGCGCCCAUCAGAUUGACAAUUGUCCGAUAUGCCGGCGUAGAGUGCUUGCGCGACUGCAAAUCUAUGGCGUGAAGAUGUCUUUGGAAUAA